UCUCAUGCUUCUCUCUGACGUCAGAAUUCUUGCGACUUUACCGAGCUCUAGCGUCGAACAUUUGGCAUCUUGUAAAAAAAGAGGAAAAAAGAGAGGAGAGAGCUGCGAGCCGUCUUCUGCUACCUGCGAGAUAAUGCUACAUCGUUGAGAAAUGACGUUUCGAGCACGUUGCGUAUUGUCGCGCAGGUGGAGCCUCGUCGUCGGGAUCUUGCUGCUGUGCGAUGUAUCGCGGCAUGUGUCACACGGCGAGGACACGGCUAACCUAAGCACGAGCGGGAUCAUCAUCGAGAACAAGACCGCGUCCGCGGUGACGGACGUUCCGGCCGCACCGAACGUUACGGCGAAUGUCAGCGUGUCAGCUGACGUGUCUAGCACGGCGCGAUCCGCGAACGGUACGAGCCGCGUCGUCAGUCACGAUGUCAGUACGACGACCACUGCGAAACCACCAGUACCACAACCAUCGCCGUCAUCGACUGCGACCGCGAGCACGGCGCAGCCCGACGGUGCACCCGCGAGUUACCAGACGACCGAGAAAACGUCGCCGAGUCCCAUCGGCGACAGGAACACAUCGGACAUCUCCGUGUCCCCGUCGCCGAGUCCGGAUGCUGUCAACGCGACCAACGUCACCACGACCACCGUCGCCCCGGCGGAGCCGGUCCUCCCCGACAAGGGCUCCGCCGAGGAGGAGCACAACAGCUCCAUGUCCAUAUUCUUCGUACUGUGCGUACUGGCGCUGGGCAUACUGCUGAUACAUCUGAUGCUCCAGACCAAUUUCCAGUACCUCCCCGAGUCAGUGGUGAUCGUCUUCCUGGGCGCCGCGAUCGGGAUGAUCAUAAACCUCAUGUCGCAUCAGAACAUAGCGAACUGGAGGAAGGAGGAGGCCUUCUCGCCGACCGCGUUUUUCCUGGUCCUACUCCCGCCCAUCAUCUUCGAGUCGGGAUACAAUCUGCACAAGGGAAAUUUCUUCCAGAACAUCGGCAGCAUCAUGGUGUUCGCCAUCUUCGGAACAGCUAUCUCUGCAUUCGUCAUUGGCGCCGGGAUAUAUCUGCUGGGCCUGGCGCAAGUGGCAUACAAGCUCAGCUUCGUCGAGAGCUUCGCAUUCGGCUCGCUGAUAUCGGCGGUGGACCCGGUCGCCACGGUCGCGAUCUUUCACGCACUGGACGUCGACCCAGUCCUGAACAUGCUGGUCUUCGGUGAAUCGAUUCUGAACGACGCUAUUUCCAUCGUGUUGACCACCUCCGUUCUGGAGUCCAACAACGCGGCGACGACCAGCGAGGCUAUCAUACUUGGCCUGAAUCGAUUUUGCCUUAUGUUCUUCGCGUCGGCGGGGAUCGGCGUGGUGUUCGCUUUGAUAAGCGCGCUGCUGUUGAAGCAUGUAGACCUCAGGAAGAAUCCGUCUUUGGAGUUUGGCAUAAUGUUGGUGUUCACAUACGCUCCAUACGUUCUAGCAGAAGGCAUACAGCUGUCAGGAAUUAUGGCGAUCCUGUUCAACGGAAUAGUCAUGUCGCACUACACGCAUUUCAACUUGUCGACUGUUACGCAGAUUACAAUGCAGCAGACAAUGCGAACGUUAGCUUUCAUCGCUGAAACCUGCGUUUUCGCAUACUUGGGAUUAGCAUUGUUUAGCUUUAGACAUAGGUUUGAGCCGGCAUUAGUCGUUUGGUCCGUGAUCCUGUGCCUGAUUGGAAGAGCCGCCAAUAUCUUUCCAUUGGCCUUACUCGUCAAUCGUUUCCGCGAGCAUCAAAUCACGAGGAAGAUGAUGUUCAUCAUGUGGUUCAGCGGCCUGCGCGGUGCUAUUUCGUACGCAUUGUCGCUCCAUUUGGAUUUCAGCGAUGAAACGCGCCACGUUAUUAUAACAACGACGCUCAUCAUCGUAUUGUUUACGACCUUAAUAUUCGGUGGGUCCACUAUGCCUCUAUUGAAAUUCUUAAGGGCCGAAAAAAAGCAGAAAAGCAACAGCAGGAGGAAGAAGAAGGAUAAGGAAGUUACAUUGAGCAAAACGAGAGAAUGGGGACAAACUAUAGAUUCCGAGCAUCUGUCGGAACUCACGGAGGAAGAAAUGGAAGUAUCCUUCUUGCAAUCGCGGAUUCGCGGUUUCGCAAGGUGGGAUCUGAAAUUUUUCAUUCCGUUCUUCACGAGGCGAUUCACGCAGCAGGAGUUGAAGGACUGCAAGUCGCAGAUGACAGAUUUGACGAAUCAAUGGUACCAAGCUAUCCGAAUCAGUCCAAUAGAGUCGGACGACGAGGCGACUACGGCAUCAACCGCACAAUUGAAUCUGAACGUCGCUGGAACAGCUAAAGAACAACCGCAUGGGAAGGAAAAGAACGGACGUCCUAGACACGGGUCUAUAUUAAGUAUUUAAUUUAUUUUGUGUGUGUGGCGUGUCCUUAAGUGUGCUGAACUACAUGCUUUCAAAUUAUAU